GAAAUUUAGUAAUGAUUCUAAUUUUACCAAGUUUUCACAGUUUGUCUAUUUUUGAUCAGGAAAGUAAAGAAUUUUUCUAUUCAUUAAUAAAACCAUUCACCUUUCCAUGGCUGACUAGAAAAAAAAGCAAGAAAUUAACAGCCACCCUGUAGUCAAAGUGCAGUUUCUGUCACGUGUCUGUUUUCCUUUCACCAAGAUACGGAAAGCUUCAGCAGGUCCGGAGAACAAGUUGCUGACGACCACCUCACCGGCGUCAUGGAGGGAGCUCUUUGGCUACUAAUUGACGGCUGACACACAUUCCAGGAGUAGGAGGCUCAAGUCUUUUACUGGAAAACUGACAUUGAGGCUGCCAGCGGACCAGCAAGCUGAAGCCACACAUGGGAUGCACAGCACGGAUGCAAGGACGAGUGCUUGGAUGGCGACGUUUUAUUAUUUUUGUUAUUAUUCCGCACAUGGAUGCGACCAUCACGAAAGAUCUACAGAGCUGCGUUAAUCCCGGCAUCUCCCAGAUGACACUCGACAGUAAUGACGUUCAUCGCUUUCACUGGUCAGUUAAAAGAAAAUGAUCACAUAAUCAUGGGUGGGUUUGAGUUUUAAUGCAAGUUGUAGAUUUCCCAAUUGUGUUGGAGAGUCAAGAGGACGAUUAAGCUAAGAGGUGAAAUUCCCGCAGUGACGGUAGCGAUUGUGGUGUGGCUAGUUUCAGUUCAGAUACUUCAUGAUAUUAAUCACCAUCACGUCAACACCUUUUUGAGACAAGACAGCUGUCAGUCAAAUGUGAGUCACAUGAUUGUCUUUUGUAAUUUCCGUUUACUGGAGCUAAUUGUGGUGACCACAGUGCUACCCUGUUGGGAAUAGAUUAAUGCACUUAGUUAACAUUUUGGAUUUGGUAUCACCCUCAGUCUCUGUGCUGUGCCUGCUGCCGCCGCCGGCGCUGGCCCGCUGGGCGUGUGCUCGAGCUUGUCCGCAGUACUGUACCUGCACGCAAGAGAAGAGCUGCAGCGUGCUGUGUGACCGCUCCAGCCUGGCUGAGCUGCCCAGAGAGUUUCCCUGCGAAGCCUCGGCCAUCAACCUGGACAAGAACAGACUCAAGUUCCUGUCAGAACGGGCCUUUGGUACCUUGCCAUCGCUCAAGUCUCUCUCGCUGGACCAUAACAACAUCUCCUUCAUCACACCUGGAGCCUUCAAGGGCCUCUCCAACUUGGUGGAACUGAAAAUGGCGCACAACGAUUACAUCAGCUACCUUCACACCCGGACCUUCACAGGCCUCAAGAAGCUGGUGCGCCUCGACCUGUCCGACUGCAACCUUUUCAACAUCCCGGACCGGAUCUUCAUCGAGCAGACGGCGCUCAAAGAGCUGCUCUGCUUCCAGAACAAAUUCCGCAGGAUCCCCGGCGCCAUCCGGGGUAUGGAAAACUUGACCCACAUCUACCUGGAGAAGAGCAAGAUUGAGGCGGUGGCUUACAACUCACUGCUGGGCCUUGGCAGCCUCAAGUACUUGAACCUCCAAGAGAACCGCAUCAAUGUCAUCCACGACCAGGCCUUCCAAGACCUCGUGCGACUGGAGAACUUCUACCUCAACGACAACCUGUUGUCUGACCUACCGCGACUUGCCUUUAAGGGCCUCAGUCGCCUCAAGAUGCUCAACCUCGGUGGGAACAAGCUGACCAACAUCUCCAAGACAUGGUUCAGUGACCUGGUGGAGCUGGAGAUCUUGUACCUGGACAGAAACCAGCUGGUGUACAUUGAGGAAGGAACCUUUGAGAACCUAACCAGCCUAAUCACGCUCCACCUGAACAGCAACAACCUCACCACUCUCCCCUUCCCGGUGUUCCAGCCGAUCUUCUUCCUGGGUCGUCUCUACCUCUUUAAGAACCCCUGGGAGUGUGACUGCUCCUUGGAAUGGCUGAAGGAGUGGAUGGAGAACUAUAAUCUGGUGCGAGACAUCCCGUGCUCGUCACCGACGUCGGUAGCAGGACUCGAUCUGGGCGAGGUGGUCUUUGCCAAAGUGAACGGUACAUGCAUUGACCCCGCCGAACUGAACCUGACCACGGUGUCCUCAGAGGUGGCCUCCACUACAGAGAACCGCUUCAACAGCCUAAUUUCCAGGCUGCUGCAGCAAGAACUCCGGGAAGAGGCGCUCAAUGGAACAAACGGCGCUCGCAACGGCACGCUGCCGGAAUCUGAGGACAGACUGCUCGCUGCAGGGGUCAGAGGGCAACAUAGUCAAACGCAGUUGCUGGCCGGCUCUUUCCUUGUGGCUUGGCUCAUCUUUGCCUUCUCCUGAAUAAACAGUGGAUUUUCUUGCACAUGAACGAAUGGAAUAUUUUCUAACCGCAGAUGCGCUGAUAUACAUGUUGGACAACAUUCAAGAUGAACUCAUAAGAGAAGUUAUCUUAAAGAUAUGAGGUGUUGAUUUUAUUAAUAGGAUUAGGCAUGAGGGUUAGUUUUCUCGCACAUGAUUCACCAACAUAUGAAGGCUUUUCUAAUGGCAGUCAUGCAGAUUGAGACGAUGACUUAAUGUAUCGCAACCAAUAUUGAUAGUUGAACUCAUUACAUACGAGAAGCAGGUGUUCCAGUCUGGUGUUGAUCCAAAUGUACACAUUUAGUUUGGUAUUUUAAUCAAGAUGACCAAUAUUCAUAGCACACGUGCUCUUUUUGUAUGUUUCAAAGUUAAAGGUUGAUGGAGUGAAACAGAUGUCCUCUUCUCGCAUUUUUUUUCUCGCUGCAUAAAAGCAUUAAUCUUCUUAUCGCUUGUGAGUUGUUGACGUGCCUGUGCCUCCUAUGGAUGGACCCUCCCCCUUUCCCCAUGCAUGGUUGGGAUCCCACUACACACAACCCCGCAGUGUCAUUGACAUAUGCGUAUGAAUGAGGAUGUGGGGUAAUGGUGUGUAAAGACUAAUGAACAUUCCUUUGAUGCCCUGUGAAUAAACUCAAAUAUUAUGACCA